CAGACGACAGAGCCUUCACGCAGACGGACUGCCUCCUGUUGAAAGCAGAGCGGGAGGUCCAUGCAUCCUGAAGAAAAAAAAUCUCCCGACUCGUCCAUUUUUAUUGUCUCCGCCGACUCCUGGGGAUACAGAUUCUGUACUGGCGGCAUGGCAGAUGACUUCAGUCCAUCCCUCACCCCACCAGUUUCUCCAUUCGCCGCAGAUAGCCUAUGUGAGCCGACCCCAGCCCGACCAUCAUGCUUCUGCUGCUCAGAAACAAAGGAGGACCCCACCAGAACGCUCUCCUCAGAGGGAUACACUGCAAGAGGCUCCCUCAAACGGCUGCUGCUGCGUCUUGACCCGGCCCCUGCAGAGUAUGAGACAGACACAGUGGAGAUCUUUGGCUUCCCCUUGGUGACAGAGACGGCACUGGUGGAAUCUACAAAGCUACUAUUUGGUCUUUUCAGACAAAAGGUUUACCGGUUGGAGUCUUUGGUGCAGUCCAGUUCGCAUGACUUCGGUCAAGCCGGCAGCCUCCACUAUGAAGCAGAGGACCUCAGACAGCAGUGCGUUUCAUUUCUGCAGUAUGUCAAAGUCUUCUUGCACAGAUACCUGGAACCGCCCAGCUCUAUGGAUGGAGGUCAUUCUCACCCGUAUGAAGAGCUGGAGAAUCAGCUCCCCUCUGCUCUGCUGGAGGAGCUGUUUGGCGUCACUCUCCUCAUUGGACGGCUCAAAGACCUGCCUGCCAACGUUCAGAGUGCCUUCACUAUAUCUAACCCAGGAAAGAUUUUUCCUCCCUCUUGGCAUUUGUUGCACCUUCAUCUUGACAUCCACUGGUCAGUCUUAGAGAUCCUUCACCUACUUGGCCACAAGAUGCAAGGCCAGGUGGUGUACGCCCACCAGUUUGUGAACCUGACGGGGGAGAACCUAACCGAUACCAGCCUGUUUGAAGAGCACCUGUGCAGUCUGCUGUGUGACCUCACUGGUCUGGCUAUGGGCAAAUACAGCAAGGUGAGGCCCACAGAGGCGCUGAGCAGCCACCACUGCCUUUGCUCCUGCACCAAAGAGCUGUGGGUGCUGCUCAUGCAUCUUCUGGAACACAGGAAUAAGGUGUUGCACACACAGUCCUUCUGGAGCUACAUGAACUCGUUGUUGAGGCCUCUGGUUUCAGGGAAGCCAGCAGCAGAGCAGUUCAGUGGCCUCCCUGCGCACUGUAAGGACCCUCUGGGCUUCACAUGGUGGCUGCUCACUCAUGUAGCAAUGUUGGGGCAGUACAGUCGUAACGGGACUCUCCAGUCAGAGAAACAUCUGGGGGACAAUUGGACUUUUGUGGAAGAGUUGCUAAAGCUGACCUGCAACCCCAAGGGAGGCCUUGCAGAGGAGCAGGUCAGGAUGCACGUCCACUGCUGUCUCAGUCUCUGUCUGCUGUGGGACCCGAGCACCAGCGCUGUCUCCACCCUCUGGGACUACUACAGCAGGAAUCUGAGUGCUUCAUUCACUGUACCCUGGCUCGGGAUGUCUGGCGUGGGCACUGUGUGCAAGACGCCCCUGGCUCUGUUGGAGCAGGCCCACAGCUGCUGCUCCCCCUCUCCACUCCACUCUCUAGGACACACCCAGCUCUACCGCUCAGCCAACUCCUUCCACAUCUUCCUGCGAGUGCUGGCCCUGUGCCUCGCCCAGGACAGGGCUGGUGGAGUCCCACAGAGACAGAUCAAAGGAAGGAUUUAUUUCAAGUUCUCCUCGAAGAAGAUGCAGGAGCUGCCAGAGGCCGGCCUCAUGAACUUCCUGCUGCUGUUUCUGGUGCUGGCCAGGCAGGUAGAGCUGGAGGAUGUGGCCAGCAGAGCCUGCGAGCUGCUGGGUUUCCUUCCCUCAAACUGCCCUCCUGGACACCGCACCCUGGUCUGGAGGGGACAGCUAUCACUGCUGUUGUUGUUCCAGGAGCGUGGUCUGGAUGUUGGUGCGCAGGCGAGCUGGCUGGCCUCCUCCUUUAACGAGACGGCCAAAGAGUUCUACAAUAAGACCACAGAGGUCUCCCGCAGACUCGCUCUCUGGGGGCCUCUCGGUUCAUACCUGGAAGGUGUGUCCGAGGUGUUCGAGACGAGCCCCAGCCUCAGCCUGUCCGAGGAGAAGCUGCUCAACGAAGGGUUCGAUUGGUUGUUGCCUGCUUGCCGCAUCUCAGAGCUGAAUUCUGCCCUGGGCUUUCUGCAGAUCGUCCUCGCCCAGCUCAGACGGGUCCAUCAGCGCACUGUCCAGUCAGCAUCCACCUCAGCUUGGGCUCCCGGUAACACCAGUGUGGUGAAAGAGCGCCACCUAGCGGUAGCAGCAGCACUCUGGGCGCACUUCUUUCCCUUUCUGCGCAGCCUACGCCUCUCCCAGACCCCGCCUGCACAGCUGGCAGAUGCUGCUGCAGGCUUCACCCUGUUGGCCUUCGAUCUGCCGAGCUCUGCCCCCCAAGACCUUCAGCCCAACCCGGUCCAGUCCAUCAUGCAAUGCUUUGGCUGGGACGACAUGGUUCACCCACUCCUCAUAACUCGCUACCUUCCCCAUCUGCUCCAAAACAGUGAGCUGGUGUUGUCACUAAGCAGCAAUUCGGCCGCUGUUGUGACCGGUUCAGCGCAGAGCCUGUCAGUGAGAGCCUGGUUCCGCUGUGUUCUACAGCAGCACCUUCACAAGAACCAGGAUGGAUCCAACAGCAGAACAGGCCGUGCUGUGGAGGAGCAGUUGUGUGAACUGACCCGGCUCGUGCUGAGACUUCCUGAGGUGGACCGUCUUUUGCAGAGAGCAGGCCUCCAGCCCACAGCCGCCAAGCUGGAGCCCACUUCAGCCCUGGAGAUGUUUGUCAAGGCUGUCGGCAGUGUGUACAGUGGACUGCAGGUUUUGUCUGAGCGCUCGACCAUGGUGACCAGAGCCCUGGACUAUAUUGGCGACAUCCUUAAACACAUUAAACCCUCUUUGGUCAGCAAGAACCAAGAGGGGCUGCAGCUGGUUUACUGGGCUGUCGGUUGCAUAGUGAAGCACUGGAGCCCCCUGCUGGCCACCUCUAAAGCCCAGCAGUUGCUGUUCCGUAUUGUGGACACACUGCUGCUUCCACACAACUUCACACAGCAGGACAAAGCACUCAGGGACAGCCUGCCUCUAUACUUACAGGGUUUGUCAGUGGCUUCCAGCGUGUCUCAGUCGCAGGGCGCCCACCUGAAGCAGCAGCUCCGCUCUGUUACUCGCAGAUAUCUGGACCAUUUCCUCCCUGCUUCGCCAUCCAUGGGCAUCAUCGCCAACCACCCAGUGCUACUGAGUGCCUGUGAGGCCAACCCAACAACCCGAGGAGCAGCGCUGAGGAGAACCAUCUUGGAGGUGCUCUGUGAGCACUUCCUGCAGUUUAAAGGUCACACACCUCCGCCUCGGCUUGCGGCGGUCUUGAUGUUCCUCUCGGAGCUUCUGAGACGAAACAGUGACUCAGACCCUGCCCUCCUCACUCUGCCUCUUCCGUCUCUGCUGCGCUGUGUGAUGCUGGUCAACGAACCGCAGGUGAGGAAGAUGAGCACAGAUGCCUUACAGCUUGUAGUGGAGCGGUGUGCCGCUGCAUCCACAGAGGGACCGUGCGACCAGAUGAUCACUGUCUUACGGUCGUUUGUGGAGGAGAAUGAGGGAGUCUACGACAGGCAGGUGUAUGGUGUCCUGGAGACGGUGGCUGUUUUAGAUCCCUCUGUGGUUCAAGCUCUCAUUCCCAACCUGUCUCUCAGUCUGAGAAACACUGAACACAAGAGAGGCCUGGGCAAGAACAUCACCUUGAGGAGCGCCUAUAGGAAGCUGCUGUGUCUCCUUGGAGAGAGUGGGCAGGCAGAAAUAACCAGUCUGGAAGCGGACUGAGAGGUUUUUGAAAAACAAGGACCAGGUCCAGGACAUGUCGCCAGAUCCAAGAACCACAAUUAGUCAUACCGACCUUCUUUUUUUGUGACAAAUGUCUUAAUUUGGUCUUUAGAAAAGUGCAUGACAGUGCUCCCUACAAAAUGUAAGGGUUUAAUGCACCUUAUUAGCUGAGUUAAUGUUAAAGGGCCACCUCACCACACAAUCAAAAAUAUGGAAAUUUCCUCGAGUGCUAUUUAUCAGUCUUGAUUAUUUUAGUUUGAGUGUUGGAGA